UUCUUCUUUUAUUUUCAGUUGCUGGCUGCAGCUGAGAAUUCAGAAUGGGAGACAAGCCUAUUUGGGAACAGAUUGGUUCCAGCUUUGUACAGCACUACUAUCAGUUAUUUGAUACAGACAGGACUCAGUUAGGAGCAAUAUAUAUAGAUGCCUCAUGCCUUACAUGGGAAGGACUACAAUUUCAGGGCAAAGCAGCUAUUGUUGAAAAACUCUCAAGCCUUCCUUUUCAGAAAAUACAGCACAGCAUUACAUCCCAAGAUCAUCAGCCUACUCCGGACAGCUGUAUACUCAGUAUGGUAGUUGGACAACUUAAAGCUGAUGAAGAUCCUGUUAUUGGAUUCCACCAGAUAUUUCUAUUAAAGAACAUCAAUGAUGCUUGGGUUUGCACCAAUGACAUGUUCAGGCUAGCAUUGCACAACUAUGGUUGAAAUGGCAUCCCUAAGGCAUCUGUCUUUUUUUUUCUCCUCUCCUUCUUACAAAUAUUAAUCACACCCAUGGAACAUUCCAAAUAUCAUACACAAAUCUGCACACCAUGGCAAGCAAGCAAGACUUGUGACAUACCCUUCCGAAGAGUUUUAUGUUGUGUCACUAGAAGAGUUCCUUGUGCAUGAUGUUUGGAAGUUAGACUUAGCUGCAUUUGACAAAGGAAGGGUAUGUUUUACCAGCAUGCCUUGGGAAGAAUCCAUAAUACAAAUGGUUCUGUUUCUGUACUGACAAGUUUCUCUAAUAACCCAAAGAAACAAAAGGAUAUUAAAGAAUAGCCAGCCUGAAGCCAGCUCAGAUAAUUGAUUUUUUUUUUUUGUUCACAUGUUUCAGUGCUACAUUAUACAAUAAAACCAUGUGAUUUUCUUAACAGUUUAAAUUGUUGAAUGUUCAGUCUGUAAAUGAAGAGUCUUGUAUUUCCAACUCUGUGUCUGAAUUCUUAGCUUUGGGAAGAUGUGGCUGGACAUAAGUUUAAAGUUCUUAAAUUUCCACGUAUGCUUUGUGCUACCAUUUGCUUUUAUUCAAAAGCUUACAUGAAUUUGUUGCUGAAUAAUGGCUUCGAACCUGAAACAGGAAGUCUUACCUCUCCCUGAAAAUCAUAACGUGGAUUUAUAUUAACUACAUGUGCAUCGGUUUAUUAUAUUGAACCUCAAAUCAUUUUUUCCAUUCUAUAAUGCAGAUAUAGAUAAAAGACUGUGCAGAAGAGCAACAAUGCGCAUGUGCUUAUUUUCAGGCUUGUUUCUCCACAUUAACCUUUCCUGGUUGGCAUCUUUAUAUCAUUCUACUUUUGAUACACAAAAGCUGAGUCAGGAUAGCAUUCAGCAUCUUCAGGGCACCAGUUUUAAAAUGAGCUGUUACUUUGGUCCAGACCAGUGGAACCACAUCCCAUUCGAUGAUUGUCUGUGGCUUAUUUUGAUGUCCUGUGUGUCUGCUGUAUUCUGGUUGCAAUAAACAACAACCAGAUGCCACCAGCAGCACCAUUUUAAUGGUUAACUUGGGUCACUAUUUUAAAACUUUUUGAAGUACUAUUUGCUGCAAAGCUGUUAAACUCAAAAGCUAUGGAAAAAUAGUGUAUCUUCAAAAUGGCCAGAUUGUUCAUCCAAGUGCUUAAUAUGAGCUGGGCAAUCUUGAAUCCACAGGCCUUAUGCUAUUUCGAGACUAUUUUUCUACAUUCUAAAAUUAAGCAAGUUCCAAGCUGUGCUGGCAGUCAAGCUAACACACUAAUAGUUCAAAAUGCUAACAAGUAGAAAAAAAAAAAAAAAAUGCAUUUCUUAAAUAUUGUUCAAUUUUGGAAGAACCGAGCUUGAAUUUGUUAAUUCAAGUCUGUGCCUAUUAAGAAAUGGCUGUUGUACACACCAACUGAAUAUUUUUUAAAAAAUGCAUUUUGAAGCUUAUUAUGAUUUUAAAAAGUUAACAUAUAAUGCUUCUGAAUGUCCUGACUCUCCUAAGCAUCAUUUUAGGCUUCACUUCUCUGGAUCUUAGGACUGAUCCUUCUACCUCUUUUUUUUGUGUGUGUGUGGUUUUCAUACCCAGAAGACUACUGGCAUUCCCAACCGGCCAUUAAUUCUGGGAAGUGACAGCUCAUAUUCUAAUCCUUGAAUUGGAUAUAUAUGCCAUCGGUAUAGCUGCUCCAUUACCAGGACCUCAGUUGAGAUUAAUCAGUCCAGGGCAGUGGGUCUUAAAAGUUACCAUCUUUCUUAGUACUUAUGUACAAGUUUAGUUGAGAACUAGUGAUGUCAGUGGAAUUUGCUUCCAGUACUGGAGCCUUCAAAGCAGGUGACAGAGGCAGAAAUACUCUCUUUAUGCAGAAUUAGUGAUGGGGAAAAGUUGAUGUUUGCAGCUGAUUUAGGUAUCUCAGAUAGCAUCAUCUUAUUCAAUAUGACUAGUGAAUGUUUAGAAGGAUCGCAUGGUAUCAUGUUUUGGCUUGGAUAUUGUAUAUGCCUUAAUGGAGCAGUAUGUAAUAGCCAUACAUAAGCAAAAUGCCUUAGAAAAAUUCCUGGACUGCAUUCAUAGGAACACAUUUUGCCUGAAGAGGCAUUACUCUCUUUAGUUAAGCAGAUGAGGAAUGCCUUUUGUCAUCCAUAAGGAAGAAGUUUUUGUUUUUCCGCAUGCAGUGAACUGUGGCUGCUUCCGCUUCCUGUUAUUAGCACAUGGCAUUCUAUUAAGAACUGUCCCUUUCCUAAGCGAAUGUAAGAUUUGCAGUUGGAGGCAGUUCAGAUAGUCAUUCUGAGAGCAAGAACGGGCUGCGUUCUUCCCUGGUUCAAGCUGGAGGAAAGAAAAUUCGUCUAAACUAUUUCUGCCUUAUAAUUGCAUGCCAGAAGGGCAAAAAAUAUCCUGAAGACAUUAUUUGCUCCAAGAAAGGAUAAUAAAAUAUUUGGUCUGGGAAUAUGGAUGACAUGUAAAUAGAUUAAGGCUAUUAAACUGCUCAUUAAAUAAACAGUGUUAAGUUCUUUCUAUAAAAAUGCUGAAAGUGAUAUUCUGUUGGGAUAUGUAUACAGCGGAUCUGUGUAGGUGUGACUCACCACGCUAACAACCCAUCUACUGUAUUUUGUGGCUCACCAGGUGCAUUAUAUCUGUUUUUUGUAAUUCUGGGCAAGUAACAGAAACAGGUUUUCAGGGCCCUGAUAAGGUAAGUCAUAAGCCCUAGAAUUCCUCUCCCCUUCCCUUUUUUUCACUUUGAUACAAAAAUGCUCCCAAACUUUGCUACUAUAUUAUUCAAUUUGGCAUCAGUUGACAGCCAAAAAAAAAAAAAAUGUAUUCAAGAACUGCUAAGUUUACACACCACUUAAUGACAGAUACUUGAUGUACAUGGUAAAGAAAGCAAACUUUGAUAUUGUGAAUCUUGGUUUGCAGAGCAUCACUAGUUUUACCAAUAAAUGUGCUGAAAUUUUGUGGAGUAAGGUUAUCUACCUUUUCCAUUAUGGGCUGUAUAAUCUUGGCUUGUUUAAGAUUGUACCUGUGGCAAAUGUACUA